CUCAACUUGUUUGAAAGCUAUACUAUAUACAUUGAUUUGGGAUUUUGACGAAAUGGCUUCUCGCAUUAUUCUUUUCUUAUCAUUUCUGGUCUUUUCCUUAUCUUCUGUACUUGCCUCUGAUCCAAGCUCACUUCAAGAUUUCUGUGUGGCAGAUAAUAACACUGCUCUUGUGAAUGGUUUUGCUUGCAAAGAUCCCAAGAUGGUUCAAGCUGAUGAUUUCUCCUUCAGUGGACUUCACUUGCCGGGCAAUACAUCAAAUCCAGUGGGUUCUAAGGUCACCCUAAUUAAUGUAGCCAAAAUAGCAGGACUCAACACUCUUGGUAUCUCUCUUGCCCGCAUCGACUAUGCACCUUGGGGUAUAAACCCUCCACACUUUCACCCUCGUGCCUCUGAAAUCUUCACAGUCAUACAAGGCAGUCUCGCAGUUGGAUUUGUUACAUCUAACCCUGAAAAUCGUUUCAUUACAAAAAUUCUGCACCAAGGCGAUGUGUUUGUAUUCCCAGUUGGUCUCAUCCACUUCCAAAGAAAUUUGGGAAAUGGUCAUGCAGUUGCCAUAUCAAGUCUAAGCAGCCAAAAUCCAGGUGUUAUGACGAUUGCAAAUGCUGUGUUUGGGUCUACCCCAGAGAUUCCUAGUGAUAUUCUUGCGAAGGCUUUCCAAGUAGACAAGAGUGUCAUCAAUUAUCUGCAAACUAAAUUCUAGAUGACAUUCAAUGAAAUAAUUUAACCUAAUUGGAACAAUAAAUUGCCACUCAACCCAUUAGUCUGUUGUUCCAUCUGUCUCUUUUCAUGGCUGUGUUAAUGGAUUGGUAUAUUCAUUGUCAUUCUUAUUUUGAUAAUACAAAUUUUUC